UUUACGUAAGGAUAUAAAACAAAAAGUACGGCGCGAAUGAGAAGAGAUUUGAAAAAUGGCGCGUAUACGCAGAAAUGGGAUAUGGUUCGGGUUUUCCCGCGCAUGGGAUGGGUUUUCCCGCGCUUGGGAUGGUUUUCCUGCGCAUGCGCGAGAAACGGCGUCCUUUUUGCGUAUCUUGGCGUCCCUUUUGCGUAUCUCGGCGUUUAUGCGCGUGGUUGAUAAUUUUCGGUGGGUUAAAUGGGGAAACUUGAAGUGAAGUGGGAGGAUUUUCUUAUAAUGGAUCCAUGUUAAUGAGGCCCAUUAGAAAUUUAUAGGAAAUUAACUUUCCGACAAGGUUGCGCGUUCAUAUUAGAGGACGCCACACUAGCAAAUGCCUACAGUCAACCGCUACAAUGAGCUCAUCAGUCAGUCGUCGUACCAAUCUAAAGAUAUCAGCAGGAGCCUUAGUAUGCGAGGAAAGUAUUUUAAAGGGAGACAUCACUAUUGGGCCAAAAACUGUGAUACACCCAAGAGCAAGUAUCAUUGCAGAAGCUGGUCCAAUUAUCAUCGGCGAAGGGAAUAUUAUUGAGGAAAUGGCAACUAUAACAAAUAGAUUACCAGCAGAUGCUCCAGAAUUAACAACAGUUCGAGUGCAAAUAAUAGGUAAUUAUAAUGUAUUUGAAACAGAUUGUACCUGUGAGGCAUUUAAAGUUGGAGACAACAAUAUUCUGGAAAGCAAAGCACAUGUUGCUCGUGAAGUUGAGCUAACAAAUGGUUGUGUUAUUGGAGCAUCAUGCUCGUUAACAGAAUCAGAAACAAUUCCCGAAAAUACCAUAGUUUAUGGUAGCCAAUGUCAACGCAGGGAGAUGUAUGAUAAACCAUUUCCUCAAAUAGGUCAGUUGGAAUUUUUAUUAAAAAUCCUACCAAAUUAUCACCAUCUUCGUAAGCCUAAUGUAAAAGCAACUAAAAGUGAAGGGGGCUCAUAAUUUUUAUUUAGUCAGUUAACUGACUGCUGUGAAAUUUAUUUACGAACAUGAUAAAUUAACAAAUACUAAUAAUUUCGUAUUUGAAAAGAUAUUUAAUAAAACAUACAUAAGUUAAA